AUCACUCACACGGUUCCUUCUUCUUCUCCACACUUCACUCUCCCACUGAUCAAACUCCCCCCCCAAAAUGGCGUCGUCUCAUCUCGGCGCAUGUACUCCACGCGCCUCCCUCUUCUCCCCACACCGCUACAGAUACCGACGCCCGAUCGUUCUCGAACCGACGGCCGCGGCGCUGUUCGGGAGAGUCUGCAACAGAGGAGCGAGCGUGACGGUUAGGGCGGCAGUGAAGGAUGGCGGAGGCGGUGACUCGUCGUAUCUCGGAAUGUGGAAGAAGGCGGUGGAGGGCGAGAAGAAGGCCGUGGAGUUCCAGAAGAUAGUGGAGAAUUCGGCUCCGGCGGAGGACGGCGGCGGCGAGGUGAUUGUGGAGAAUUUGGAGGUGAAGAGUCAGGAGUUUGAGAAGAUUCUGGAGGUUUCGAAGGAGAAGAGAGAUCGGAUUCAGCGAAUGCAGGUCGUUGAUAGGGCCGCGGCGGCGAUCGCGGCGGCUCGCGCGCUUUUGAAGGAGAGAGGUUUGAAAAAGGAGGAGUCCGGUUCGGGUGGAGUGAGUACUGAACCGGAUUUAGGUGGAUCGAGGACUGAGCCGCCCCUGCUUGGCGAGGCUCCUGAAGAAGAAGAAGAAGAGGAAGAAGAAGGAUUGGAGGAUGGGAGUGUGAUUGUGCCUCAGUCAGAAGGCAGUUCAGGAGCUGCGACUCCAGGUCCGGACUUUUGGUCGUGGACACCACCGAGUAGUGAUGGUGUAAUUGACUUGCAGGCAGCGAAAAAGCCUUCAGCAAAUCCAAACAUGAGUUUACCGGUGAAGGAGAAAGAGCGAUCCUUGGAUGUUUUGUCAAUUCCGCUUCAAAGUAAUAUUUUUGAGAACCCUCAUCUCCCCCCUAUGCAGUCGCUGAAGGAGGUUGAGAAAGUGGAUGUCGCCGAGUCUACUUCCACAAAGGAGGAUCAUGAACUCGGACAUGAGUUCUCAGUACAUGCCGCAGAAGCUGCUCGUGCUCUUAAUAAGGCGGAUGAGGAAUCAUUAUCUGGUGUGUAUACAGAUGGAACUAGGUGGUGGAAGGAAUCUGGAAUUGAGCAAAGGGCGGAUGGUGUGACGUGCAGGUGGACAGUGAUCAGAGGUGUAAGCGCCGACCAAGUUACCGAGUGGCAAGACAAGUACUGGGAAGCUGCAGAUGAGUUAGGCCACAAGGAGCUUGGUUCAGAGAAAUUGGGACGUGAUGCACACGGAAAUGUCUGGCGUGAACAUUGGAAGGAAGCUAUGUGGCAGGAUUGUGGACUUGUGCAUAUGGAGAAAUCUGCAGACAAGUGGGGUAAGAAUGGUAGAGGCAAUGAAUGGCAAGAGAAAUGGUGGGAGCAUUAUGAUGCUUCAGACAAAGCAGAGAAGUGGGCCCAUAAAUGGUGUACAAUUGAUCCAAACACAGAGGUUGAUGCUGGUCAUGCUCAUAUUUGGCAUGAAAGGUGGGGUGAAAAGUAUGAUGGCCAUGGUGGGAGUGACAAAUACACUGAUAAAUGGGCAGAAUGCUGUGAGGGAGAUGGUUGGUCAAAAUGGGGCGACAAAUGGGAUGAACAUUUUGAUUCAAAUGGCCAUGGUGUGAAGCAGGGUGAAACAUGGUGGGAAGGCAAGUACGGAGAGAGGUGGAACAAAACAUGGGGUGAGGGUCACAAUGGUUCAGGGUGGAUUCACAAGUAUGGGAGGAGCAACAGUGGUGAUCACUGGGAUACACAUGAGCAGGAAGACACUUGGUAUGAGAGAUUCCCUCACUUCGGUUUCUAUCACUGCCUCGAAAACUCAGUUCAGCUCAGGGAAGUUCGAACGCCAUCAGAGUUUCUAGCUUCAGAGACUUCAUCAGACAUGCUUUCAGAUACUUCAUCGGAGCUGCCUCCAGAGACUACCGCGGAGACGUCUAUAGAGAUUUUAUCAGAGAUAUCUCCAGAAACUUCAUCAGAGAUCCCUAUAGAGACUUCAGCUGAGAUGCCUUCAGAGACUUCAGACAUUUCUUCAGAAAGUGCAUUGGACGUGUCAUCAGACACUCUAUCCAAGUUGCCUUCAGAGCUUCUAUUGAAAAGAGAAUCAGAGUUGGCCUCAGAGAUGUCAUGAACCAUGACCUGACCAACCUGCAAAGGCAAUCUAUAUAAAAAGUCAUAGUUUGAUCUCCUUAUCUGAAUAAUGAGAGUGCAGUAAAUAGGACAAGUAGUAUUUUACUCUAGGCUUUUGUAUUUGCGGGUUUCUGUUUGGUCCUUAUGUACCAUAAACCUUUGAACAAAAUUUCUCUGCUCUUCAUGUUUGACCAUCCAAUAAAACAUCGAGGUUUUCCAA